GGUGGAGGUGGAACCGGAACCCAACAUCAGAGGCCCUGAGAUAGUCACCAUGGGGGAAAACGACCCUCCAGCAGCCGAAGCCCCCUUCUCCUUCCGGUCACUCUUCGGCUUGGACGAUUUGAAAAUAAGUUCUGUGGCACCAGAUGGAGAUGCAGUGGCCGCCCAGAUCUUGUCCCUUCUGCCCUUGAAGUUUUUUCCGAUCAUCGUCAUUGGGAUCAUAGCCUUGAUACUGGCGUUGGCCAUCGGCCUGGGCAUCCACUUCGACUGCUCUGGGAAGUACAGGUGCCAUUCAUCUUUCAAGUGUAUUGAACUAACAGCCCGAUGUGACGGGGUCCCCAAUUGCAAGGACGGGGAGGAUGAGUACCGUUGCGUGCGGGUGAGCGGCCAAAGAGCAGCGCUCCAAGUGUUCACGGCUGCUGCAUGGAGGACCAUGUGUUCGGAUGACUGGAAAAGCCACUAUGCCAAGAUUGCCUGUGCCCAGCUGGGGUUUCCCAGCUAUGUGAGCUCAGACCACCUCAGAGUGGAUGCACUUGAGGAGCAGUUCCAGGGCGACUUCGUGUCCAUCAAUCACCUCUUGCCAGAUGACAAGGUGACCGAGUUACACCACUCUGUGUACAUGAGGGAAGGCUGCACCUCAGGCCAUGUGGUCACCUUGAAGUGCUCAGCCUGUGGGAUGAGAACUGGCUACAGUCCCCGCAUUGUAGGUGGAAACGUGUCCUCGCUCACUCAGUGGCCCUGGCAGGUCAGCCUCCAGUUCCAGGGGUACCACCUAUGUGGGGGCUCCGUCAUCACCCCUCUGUGGAUUGUCACCGCUGCGCACUGUGUUUACGACCUGUACCACCCCAAGUCCUGGACUGUCCAGGUGGGUCUCGUGUCCCUGAUGGACAGUCCUGUGCCCUCCCACUUGGUGGAGAAAAUCAUCUACCACAGCAAGUACAAACCAAAGCGACUGGGCAAUGACAUCGCCCUCAUGAAGCUGUCCGAGCCACUCACCUUUGACGAGACCAUCCAGCCCAUCUGCCUGCCCAACUCUGAAGAGAACUUUCCAGAUGGGAAAUUGUGCUGGACCUCAGGAUGGGGAGCCACAGAGGACGGAGGUGACGCCUCCCCUGUCCUGAACCACGCGGACGUCCCUUUAAUUUCAAACAAGAUCUGCAACCACAGGGAUGUGUAUGGCGGUAUCAUUUCACCCUCCAUGCUCUGUGCGGGCUAUCUGAAAGGCGGUGUGGACAGCUGCCAGGGAGACAGCGGGGGACCCCUGGUGUGCCAGGAGAGGAGACUGUGGAAGUUAGUGGGUGCGACAAGCUUUGGAAUUGGCUGUGCUGAGGUGAACAAGCCUGGAGUCUACACACGAAUCACCUCCUUCCUGGACUGGAUUCACGAACAGUUGGAGAGAGAUCUGAAGACUUGAAGAAGAGGGAACAAGCCGGCACCUGAGCUCCUGAGGGGUGGACACUGCACGAGCCUUCCCUGGACUCCGGAGUGGACAUGUUGGAUGCGAGUACCAGCUCUUACCACCCUGCCCAUGGCGGUGAAGCAUAUCCAUCCACUGGGUUGAGAACCCUUCCAACCCUGACACCUGGAGUUGCUUGCUGCUAAAGCCCCUGGCCCCUGGGCUUUGAGGCUGAAACAACCUUGGACUCAUGUACACAAGCGGCACCUUUCCCGGUCACCCCCCACCUGCCCUAGAUUUUCUCCUCAGAGUUGCUGCCAACACUGGCAAGCUUUCAUGCACACCCAUUGAACACCAGUUGGUACAGGAACUGCUGGUGUGGAUUGUUGAAGAUGCAGUCACCCAUUCAUUCUAGCUCCGGGCUCCAGAUCUCAACCCAACUGCCUACUUCCAGGAGCUGGUUUCGGGAGUGGGGAACUUAGUCUCUGACUGAUUCAGCCUGAGGUUUUUUUUUUUUUUUUUUUUUUUUUUUUUUUUUUUUUGGCUCCGCUGUUUUCUCACAGGAUUUGGUGCUUGACGAAUUUCUCACUUCUGAAAGGCGUCCCUUUGCUUAGCUUGGCCUGUCCUUGGGCUUGAGUGAAUGCGUGGCCAUGGGCCACGGACACUGAAAUCACAGGCUCACCUCAAAAGCCGACCAGGCUACACAUGUCGGGAGUUUGCAUUUUCCUGUUAGGUUUCCCAGCAUAUCAGAAGUGUACCAUAUUGUACUGUGGGACUCAUAAACAGAGUAAGGACACAGGCCAGGUGAAGACAAGACUGGACACUGAAAGCAAGUUGAAUAGAGGGGUUCUAAGUAACAGGGUCUGCCCCACUUGUCCUCCAUGAACUCGGCUAAUGGACCACAGCCAAUGGUGUCCACAGCCCCUCUUACAUGGCUUACAGUCCUGAGGUCCCUGUAUUACCCAGUAACAGAGGAGGGUUUCGUGAGACACAGGCAUUGGUCGUUUAAGCUUGUCACAGAUGAAGUCUUCAGAGUAUGAAUCAGUUGCUUUGUGGCUGCAACAGAAAAUGGUGUGUGUGUGUGCAUGUGUGCAUGUGUGUGUAUGUGGUAUGUGUGUAGUAUGUGUAGUGUGGGUGGGGCACAUCACCAAGACAAACUGCCACAUAAUCAUUGAGCUUUGACCCAACUCUGUCCAAAUUAGAGCCCCCCUCUAUGGAUGUAAUUUAUCUAUUAGUCAUGGGAAGAAAUGACAAACACAACUGGAAAUAAAGCACAGAAGUUAU